AUGCUGCGAACAGACCUCAGAUCCAUCUCUCCUGACAACGUAUAUGAAGGGAUCCAAUUUCCGGUUCUGAAGCUCGUGGUUCUGAUUUACUGCAACCGAUAUCCCGACAAGGCAAUGACGGUGAAGUACGAAUCCUAUUUUCCGGGUGCUAAAGUACACUUUGGACUUCAAAAGCGUCGGAGAGACAUUGACCCGAAAGAUUGUGCAACCUAUUAUUUUCAAAAUAGUGUUGAAGUGCCCCUGAGAAUUGAGGAUCCCGAGGUCUAUGCAUGCCCCUCUGGGGUGAGUUUCAUGGGCUGCAGCGAAUUCUACAUCAGUGGUGACCGAAUUGUUCCACUCUCCCUGGAGGAAGUUGACCUACAAUUUAUCCUUGAACCUAUUCUCGAGAGUCGCGGUGUCUCCCUUGUAAGGAAUGCCAUUGAGGAAAUUAUACUGAAGGCUGAUGUACGCAUUUCCCGUCUCCGAUGCGAGGUAGCUGCCGAGGAGGUGCAUAAUGUGAUGAGGUUGAGACAGGGCUAUGGAAUGAUAGCCAUGCUGAAAUUCCUGCCUCUUCUGACAGCUCAAAAGGAUAUUCUUACUUCGCUAGACAUCGCGGCGGAGUUACUUGUUGGUUGCCUGCGAAUUCCAGAGGCAUUGAGGCAGAUAAAAAGCCUUCGUGGUCAGCUGGUCAAUGUGGUUGAGUUAAUUGCUAUCACAGAAGAAGACCAGGGUGGUGCACCCUUCUACAAACCAACGGUUCGAUCAGCUGAUCUUCGACCGCUUCUGGCCAUGUGUCCAUCACUUAAGUCUCUUGAAAUACGCUUUAACAUGUGGUGUUAA